CACAGACCGCCCGAGCCCCGCCGCUGCCGCCGGUCGGUCGCCCCUAGUUGAGGAGCGGUGGUGGGCGGAGGGGGCAUGGCGGCGGCCCGAUCAGGUGCCGGCCCUGCCAGAGAGGGCGCAGACAUGGUGCCGCAUCCCGCCCGGGAGCCUGCCCGUGGCUAAAGCCGAUCUCCGCCGGAGAACUGCAGCGGAGGCGAGCCUUCAGCGUGACACUCCCCGGGGCAGCCUCCCGGCUUCCUCCCGCCAUGGAGGCGGGUGGCUUGGAGUGGCUGCUGGUCCCAAUGCAGCAGCUGGUGUCGUGGGGUGCUGCGGGGGCCAUGGUGUUCGGCGGCGUGGUGCCCUACAUUCCCCAGUACAGAGACAUCCGCCGGACACAGAACGCUGAGGGCUUCUCCACCUACGUCUGCCUAGUGCUACUGGUCGCAAACAUUUUGCGGAUACUUUUCUGGUUUGGAAGGCAUUUUGAAUCCCCUCUGUUGUGGCAAAGCAUUAUAAUGAUCAUUACUAUGUUACUGAUGCUGAAACUGUGCACUGAAGUACGCGUAUCCAAUGAGCUAAACAUAAAACGCCGCUCUUUUGCAGCUGCAGAUAGUAAGGAUGAAGAAAUCAAAGCACCUCCCAAGAGAUCCUAUCUGGAUUUUGACUUGAACUAUUUCUGGCAUUGGAGCAAGUUUACAGACUACGUGCAGUGUGUCCUGACCUUCACUGGUGUGACCGGUUACAUCACUUACCUCUGGCUUGACUCAUCUCUCUUUGUGGAAACAUUGGGCUUCCUUGCAGUGUUCACUGAAGCUAUGUUAGGUGUUCCUCAGCUCUACCGUAACUACCAGAAUAGGUCUACGGAAGGAAUGAGUGUCAAGAUGGUGCUGAUGUGGACCAGUGGGGACACAUUCAAGACUGUUUACUUCAUCUUGAAUCAGGCCCCUUUCCAGUUCUCCAUCUGUGGACUUCUGCAGGUUUUUGUGGACAUUGCUAUCCUGUUACAAGUUUACUUGUACAGCUACUACCCUCAUCAGAAGCCUGUGCCCCACACUGCACACCAAGCCAGCACCAAGGCCCUGUGAGGCACUUAGCUGGACAGGUUGCAGGUCAACGGCGCUGUGGAGUCAGCCAUGGUAGCUCCUCUUUCGCUUGUAAAUACUCGUCUGUUGCCGAGUUGAAAGCAGAAAUGAGAACAAGAAUUAAAAGGCUGGCUGCACUUCCAGCUUGUAAGGUUUUAUUUUAAAUAUCUUGUUCUGUUUCAAACACAGCUGUAUAGGACUGUUUCUUGGUGGGGGAGGGGCACUUUAUUUUUGCAUAUGUACCUAUGAGCCUUAUCAAUUCACAAAUGUUUGUAUAUUUAAUCACAAGGGCUGAAUGGUUUGUGUUUUUAAUGCUAUUUAAAAAUGGUACAUCACAGAAAUCAUAGGAUAUUUUGUCUGAAACUUUUACCUAUUUAUAUAUUAUAAAGUCUGUAUAUUGGCAGGAAGUUUGUGGCAUAUGCUAGCAUUCACUAUCUCCACGAUGUAGGAAGAAGUAUUGAAGAGCAAAUGCAGGAACUUUCACUUUUCUUUAAGAAGGGUGUCUGGUUAGCAGAGAAGGAGGCCCUGCAAAGAGGUGAGCAGCCAAAAAUGAACCAGUCAUAUUCAGUGGAAAGCAUCAGUGUGCUGAAGAGCGAAUGGCUGGUGUUCACCUCCACUGCGGGAUCAGUGUGGCAGGUGGACACAUCAAGGAGAUGAUGAAGGGGGUCUGAGUAUGGAUGAUUCUGGAGCUGUCUUUAGAGCAGACACAGCCAGUCAGGCAGUAAGCCAAAAGGAGGAGCUAACAGGAUACUGCAGGUAACUUAGGUAGUCAUGCUUUGAAAGGAUGAGGUUUGGAAACAGUUAUCCCUGCCCUCAUGGGGCAAGCAUUGCUCCUGCAGCUGUGCACAGGACACUGCUGGGCUGUAGGACACCUUUCACAAACCAAGGGGCCAUGAAUGUUGCCUGUAUUGCCAGGCAAGUAUUUCUAUGUGGUGACUGAGCCACAAAAGUAAAAGUAACUCCACUUCCAGUGCCUCAGAAGGGGAAGUGGAAAAGUUUUGAGACAGAGAAAAAGCUACAUCCUAUGGAGUAGGACUAGCAUCUGACAGCUUAACUUGUUAAGGCUGAGAUUUAUGUUUAUGUUUUGUUUAAUGCCAAACGAGAACCAGUUGAUGUUUUGGGAUGUUUCUUGCAUUGACCCAAGGAAGGAGUCCAUGUUUUUAUUUUUCUGUUGCUUAAGAUCUUCUAGGCUUUUAGAAGAAUCAACAGCCUGUACUUCAACAGAGGGACUGAAAGAGCAGAGUUUAUUUAUAAAUGUAGAUGUUGCCUAUAAUGGCUGUUUGCCAGUGUGGGUCACUGUGCCCUUCCUGAGAACUAUCAUGUGUAUAUCAGCUGCAGGAGGUGUGGACCUGCAGGGGGCUGUUGCCAAGACCCUGGGCUUCUGCAAGUUGCUGUCAUGAAACCACUGUGGUUGGUAUGAGGCAGCCAUAGCAAGAUGCUAUCCCAGGAACAGCUAUGUAUGUGCUGCGUUCUUCUGGAGGUUCCCUCCCUGCUGCCUGGUGAAUCCUGUCUGACCACAGGCAAGGUGGUAGAGCAGGGACAGAUUUUUGAGAAUCACUUUUUCUCCAAGAUUAUUCCAAGAGCUCGUGUUUUCUUACCGAUGGCAGCAAGUCUGAGGUUUUAAUAAUUUCAGUGUGUAAAUCAGAUACUUCACCUGUUUUAUUUGGAAACCUCAUGAUUUGAGUCCGGACUGUCUUCAUUGGUGGCAAAGUGUCCUCUGGAGGGAAAACAUUAGGGGGCUGCAUCAGUACAGCAUAGCUGAGGAGAGCUGCUGUUCUGAGGGCAGGGCACAGAAUGCUCUGCCCAGGCGCUGUCUCCAUGCUCUUUGUUCAAUACCAUAUUCUUUUAGGCCUGAAGUGACCUUACAAAGAUGAUAUACCUGGAAUGGCAGACUAUGAAUGUUUUGUUCCUCUCUUUUCUCAAAUGUUCUGGUUGUGUUACAGGAACAUCUGGGCUUUGUCUUUUUUUAAUUGAAAAUUUACUUAACAACUGGCUUCUCUGGUAUGCUGCUUUAAUGAGGAUUGUAUUUCUACUGUAUGCAAACAAAUACUUUCUUGUGUGUUUUAAUGGUCUGAAGGGUCUUUUUAAUAACUUGUCAUUGUAAGAUUUUUGUAUAUGGUGGUCUUUUUCUAAUAUUCUAUGAAACGGGGAUAUAAGAAAUAAAUGGCUCUUGGGAAAUAUA